UCACGUCGUGGCCGUCGCCCCGGGAGACGGAGAGCCAAUCGGCGCGCGCGGUAUUGGCGCGGGGCCGUUGCCAGGGCAACAAGAUGGCGGACGAGGACGAGUACAUCGGGCCGAGUCGGGAGAACUACUUGCCAUGCAGCGUCUGUGGGAGGACGUUUGCGCCGCAGAGCCUGAAAAAGCACAUCAACGUCUGUCGCAAGCAAGCGACCAAGAAGCGCAAGGUGUUCGACUCGCAGAGGCAGCGCUUCGAUGGGACGGAAAUCUCGACGCUGAAACCCAAGCUUGCGUCUGCCAAGCAGUCACAGCCGCUGCCGCAGAAGAAGUCCAACUGGAGGCAAAAGCACGAGGAAUUUGUCAAAACGAUCCGCGCGGCUAAAGGAGUGACUCAGGCACUCAAGGAAGGGGGGCCCCUGCCUCCUCCACCUCCGCCGUCCUUAAACCCUGACUACGUGCAGUGCCCGUGCUGCCAGCGGAGGUUCAACGAAGGCGCAGCUGAGCGCCACAUCACGUUCUGCAAGGAGCAGGCGGCGCGCAUCGGCCGGAGCGGCCCCUCCCAGCAAGCAUCAUCCCGCCUAGCGGUCCGCAUACAGUACCGGGCACCGUCGGUCAAGAAAAAGGACGGGGCGACCUCUCAAAUGCCGGCGCUGCUGCCCAGCCGCUCCCACAUGGCAGGGACCUCCAUGCGCUCUGCUGGUGCCGGUGCAACCAGUGCCCUGGCAUCCCGGCUACGCGAGGCCUCCCCAGCGCGGGAGGCGAGGACGGGCGUCGGCAAGGCCAGCAGCAGCACACCGUCACGGAGAGGGUCGACCUACAGCCGAGAAGUGGAGUUUGAUGGGCCCCCGCUGAGGACAGGACGCUCAGCGGGCAGACGCGUGGCCAGCGAGCUCACGCCCAUCCAGCGGACGCUGGCUCGCAGCCCCACGUCGCCCUCUGGGUAUAAGAGCAUGGGAAGCAGCGCUCCCAGGAGGACCGGCCCCACACAGGCCGCAUUGAACGAGCGCAAUGACGGCAUUAGCGGUGCCCGGCGGGACCCGUGGGAGCACUCGAACGGAGACGAGACAGCGCACGCCAGGACACCCCCCGGGCCCUCCAGUCGGCGCCCCCUGCCGCGCUUCUGCCAUGAGUGCGGCACGCGCCACCCCGUCGACUGGGCCAAGUUCUGCUGCGAGUGCGGGGCACGCAGGGUGGCCGCUUAGCCCUGCGUGGCCCUGCGCAGUGCUGAACUCGCACCUUCUAGCCGGUGCUGGCCGCGGCGCAACGCAGCUCCAAACAAAGUGUAGCGCCAACACAAAGCAACCGCACUUGCCGUGACGCCACCCAGGCGAGUUAGAGCCACGAUGAAGUAGCUUAGUGGUGAGUGACUCUGUAGAUGGGAGGCGAAGGGGAAGGCUUAUUAUUAUGAUAUUUUUUUAACGCUUGUUUACCCAGGACAGCCUCACUGAGUCUCAACUCUUUUUCAGGAGGGUUCUGCCAAGUUUACGCAUUUGGGGAUGAUGUUGCUAUGUGUGAUCCCAUUUGAGUAAUUUAGGUAAUUGGGAUGUUUGGCCAAUACCCGUUACAUUGAAUGUUUUCAGUUUAUGAGGAAACCGGCAAACCCUGUGGAAACCCAUGCAGAACAGGUGGAGAACAUUCAAACUACACAGAAAGGCGUCCGAGUCAGAUAUUCAACUGUGGCCCUUAUCUCUGUGAGGGACGAGUGUUUACACUGCGCCACCCGAAAACCGAAAUGGGACGUUUUGUGCUGCUACUCACUUUUGAGUCACAGAAGUGAGGGGCGUUUAUUUUACCGAAGCAAUAGCGAGCUGACUUAGAAAAGCGGUGAAUGAGCCGUAUUAUUUAAAUACAUCGACUCAUGUUCGCGAGACUCUCAUUCUAAAUGUAUUAAUGAAUAAACAAGCUGGAAACGCAGUUGACUGGGCACUGCGCUUGCUUGUUCUGCAGAUUUGGCUGCUGGAUUCAGCUGUGUGGCGAGAGCCCUGGCUUCCGUGCCACCCGCGACUGUAGAAGUAACGGCGCCAACACCACUAAGCCAUCACAUUGCGUUAAUGAGCGUCGCAUGCACCGCGCCAGCCACGCAGGGGGCCUCGAUGCGCAGCCUUGACGGCUUCACGCCCGCAGUGUCGCAUUUGCGAUGUAGCACACAGGCAUCACAAGGGCUUAGUUUCUCACGGAAUAUUUUUUUUUGGUCACUGGUGUGUGGCUUUUAAGUAGUAGCCAUAGUAAGAGAUAUAAUAGAUGUGGUGUGCCAGGUGCAGGAAUAUUUUCCAGAUCACUGACCAGAACAGACCCAGGUGAAAUGAUUCCCCAGGCAUCAGCAAUAGCAAUGUUCGUAAGAGAUGGGGGUUUUUUCCCCACGAAUCAGGGUUGUGUUUUGUACCAGAAGUUUGAGUUUGUGUGGCAUCAGGCUUGUGUAAUAGUCCCGUCUUUAAACUGUGCACUUUAUCCACCGAUUGAUGUAAUCUUUGCACUGAGGUGGAAGGUGUUUAAUUAGAAAGGUUCUGAUCAUAGCUGGUGGGGUGGCAGGAGGGGGGCUAUCACAUCCCGCUUGGCAUACUUGCGGGGGGUGUAAACAAGAGACUUUAACCCCCCACACUAAAAAUUAUUUUGAACGGAGGCGUGAAAUUAAAAAAAAAUUCUUUAUCCUGGAAGAUACAGUAAGAUAAAGAUGAAGUAAAAAGUAUUAAUAAAUCAGAGUACAAUUAA